AUGCCGCACGCCGGUCUAAAAACCAUCAUCGCUCUCUCCUUCGUCCUCGCCAUAGGUUUCCUCCUCGUAAUCCUCUCCUCCGCCCUUUAUGGUCAAUACUCCCCUCUUUUCGUAGUAGCAACCUACCUCGUAGCACCCAUCCCAAAUGCCAUUUGUAGUCGCUAUGCCUCCUCCUACAACGACGACUUCAUGGACUCUGGCUCCUCCGCUUCUUCGGUUCUGGACCUUGGUCGCUUCUUAACCGGUUUCUUGGUUUUGAUGGGUAUGGCGCUUCCGGCUGUUCUUGCACAUGCUGGGGUGAUACAGUUGGGCGCUAUGGUCAUGAGUAUCAUCGGUGGUCUGUUGAUUUAUGGAACGAUCAUUGCGUUUACCAUGUUCUUCCAGGAGGAGAGUGAUUUUUAA